CUGCGAAUCACAUGACAGCCUGGGAACCUCCUGACCGUCCACGGAGUCGGCUCGCUUACUGCUGCCCGGAGAAGAUGGCGGAAGACAGGGAGCCCCCACCGCUGGCAGACGCGGUUCAGACGGACUUUAGGGAGGUGGAGGAGGGCGAGGACCUGUUUGUCAGCACCGUUUCCACAGCAGAGCAGCUCAGCCCAACGUCCCCAGAGCCAGCCAGCUUUCCUGCAGAAGACAUCAGCACUAACUCCAACGGACCCAAGCAAGAAAUAUUAUUAGACGAUGACCAGGAGGACCUUUUUGCUGAAGCCACGGAGGAGGUGUCGCUGGACAGUCCAGAGAGGGAGCCCAUUCUGUCCGAUGGCCCAUCUCCUGCCAUCACUCCAGUCACUCCCACUGUCAUAAUCACUCCAAGAGUCGAUGCUUUGUUUGACAGAUCUCUUGAUGAGGAUGAAGAAGCGGAGGAAAAUGGGGACACCUUUGAUAUGCAGAUAACGGUAUCCGAUCCAGAGAAAGUCGGUGACGGAAUGAAUGCGUACAUGGCAUACAAGGUGACCACUAAGACGUCCCUCAGCCUCUUCAGCAGAAAUGAGUUUUCCGUAAAAAGGAGGUUUAGUGAUUUCCUGGGGUUGCAUAGCAAAUUAGCUUCCAAGUACAUGCACAUUGGCUACAUAGUCCCUCCUGCACCUGAGAAAAGCAUUGUGGGAAUGACCAAGGUCAAGGUUGGAAAAGAGGAUUUAUCAUCCGCAGAAUUUGUAGAGAAAAGAAGAUCUGCCUUGGAAAGAUACCUAAUGAGAACAGUGAACCAUCCUGCUCUGGUGAAAGAUCCUGAUGUGAUUCAGUUUCUGGAGAACACGGAGCUGCCGCGAGCAGUUAGCACCCAGGCACUGAGUGGGGCCGGAAUAUUGAGGAUGGUAAACAAAGCGGCCGACGCUGUCAACAAAAUGACAAUCAAGAUGAAUGAAUCGGAUGCGUGGUUUGAGGAGAAACAACAGCAGUUUGAGAACCUUGACAUCCAGCUCAGAAAACUACAUGCCAGUGUGGAGUCAUUGGUGUGUCACAGGAAAGAGUUAUCAGUGAACACUGCCUCUUUCGCAAAGAGUGCUGCUAUGCUGGGAAACUCUGAGGACCACACGGCUCUGUCGCGGGCCCUGUCGCAGCUGGCUGAGGUGGAGGAGAAGAUUGAUCAGCUGCAUCAUGAACAGGCCUACGCUGACUUCUACCUGUUUUCAGAGCUGCUGGGGGACUAUGUACGCCUCAUCACUGCUGUCAAGGGAGUGUUUGACCAGCGCAUGAAAACGUGGUCCAAAUGGCAGGAUGCCCAGGUCAUGCUGCAGCGCAAAAGAGAGGCUGAAGCUAAGCUACAGUACGCCAACAAGCCGGAUAAGCUCCAACAGGCCAAGGAUGAGAUAAAGGAGGAGAUUGAGGAGUGGGAGGCUAAAGUACAGCAGGGAGAGAGAGAUUUUGAGCAGAUAUCUAAAAACAUUCGCCGGGAAGUGGAAAGGUUCGAGAAACAAAGAGUGAAGGACUUCAAAGUUGUCAUCAUUAAAUAUCUAGAGUCACUAGUACAUACGCAGCAGCAACUGAUAAAAUAUUGGGAAGCGUUCCUGCCUGAAGCCAAAGCUAUCGCAUAAGCUGUCAAACCCCUGCGCAGAUGCAACGGGACUGAUCACACUUUUUGUUUUCUUUUAAUGUACAGCAUAAUCACGCAAAAAGGAUGCACGGACUUAAUGAACUUAAAUACUACUCCUAAUAAAAACACUAUGAAUCUUUUAA